GGCGAAUCAGAGGCGGGCUCACCCUGGAGCUCCACCUUCACCUGCACGCCCUCAAUUCUAUGGCGUGCGGCGGCCCGAGCGCAUCCCCGACCACGAAGGCGCAAUGACCAGUGCACACUAGGAGAUGGACCUCUGCCAGUGACUCCUCCACGGACAAUAGCAAGCUGAACAUAAAAGGCUGCGACAGAUGACCCGUCUCUUCUGCAGAUGCGUGUCCUCCGUCUGUGCCUUUGCGGCCAGGAGGCACAAGGAGCAGUGAGGUCGGUGGUGCUACAAAUCCUCACGUAUUUGAUGGAAUGUCCCACAGCUGACGAGAUGGAUGGUGUGCUCAGUCCAAGAAGAGUGGUGUUAAUAUUACCAAGAAGUAGACUUCUGUCAAUUGUUCUCGGGUCAAUUUUUAAACGGGGAUCCUUGGUCCUCUCUCCAUGUACAGAAGGUCAGAAGAAGUGCAAGCUUAACCAUUCUUUUCUGGAUUUAUUUGCGCCUACAGGUUUGUAUGAACAGUAGGUGCAUAUGAAUAGUAGGUGUCACAUACACUUCCAUGCCAAUACCAUGUCCCAACAAAUCUCAACUAGUAAUAAAAAUUCAUGUACGUGUCAUUGUUCUCAUAGCAAACAACAUCAUUGGAGGCCAGGUCUGCCUCUUCCGUUAGGUUUCCAAAUGGUUGAAUUUUUGCUGCAGUCUAUGCAAAUCUGGAAGAACCUGUGGAGCUUUCUUUAUGGACCAUGAUAGAUUCACAUCUGUCAUUUUCAGGCCAGACUAACAGUACAUGCCUACCUAUGUGUGUUAUUUAACUUCUUUCUUCAACAGCAUUUAUUAUGAACUAAGGAUUCAUUUAGUGCUUGAAAAUAAUCUACUUUCCAUGAUGUUCACCCCGCUUUCGGAAGUACACCAGAUAUGUAUAACUUUCCUUUUGAUCAUUCCAACUAGCAUGCAAUUAAAUGCCUUUUUAUUUGAAA